CGCGACGAUGCCGGGGGCGGGGCUCACAGGGAAAGAGCGGGCGGCCGUCACAGGGGUCGACGGGCAGCGCACAGACAGCCAGGGGGUUGACGGCGGCAGGGGGACUGGCCGGGCCAGCUGGGUGCACGGCGUGCCGGCGCCAUGACAGACCUACUGUGACCGCCUGGUCCAGGACAUGCCUUUCCUCACAGGCCUUGGGCGCCUGAGUGAGCAGCAGGUGGACAGGAUUAUCCUCCAGCUGAACCGCUACUACCCCCAGAUCCUCAGCAACAAGGAUGCGGAAAAGGUGCCAAGGAACCUGAGGCUGCUUUCCCAUCCCUUCCUCUCUGGGCUGGGAGAAGCGGGGGGCAGGACAGCUUGGAGUUCCGGAACCCCAAGGUAUCUCUGCGAGUACGUCUCUGCGACCUCUUGGGCCACCUGCAGCGGAGCGGUGAGCGGGACUGCCAGGAGUUCUACCGGGCCCUGUACAUCCAUGCCCAGCCCCUGCACAGCUGCCUGCCCAGCCGGCACACCCUGCGUAAGGCUCCAUCUCUGCCUCGGGGGCUUCUCCAUUCCAAGUCGGGUUCCGUUCCUGGCUUCCUGUUGGACAGACCCCCUCAGGGUGCUCACUGGGGACGUCCCUGCCCAGCUGACCCCAGCACAGGGUGUGAGCCUGUCCCUCGAGGCCUCUGGACCCCUCCCCGCCCUCCUGGGCUCGGGGAGCUGCUCACGUGCAUUUCUCCCCAGGACCCGUGGCCUUCCUGACCUGUCUCGGCCUGGCCGCAGGGCUGGCACUCCUCGUCUACUGCUGCCCCCCAGGUGGGUGCUGCCUGGCCAAGCCUCAGCCCAGUCCUCUCCAGACCAUGGGGCAGAGCCCUGCCGGAUGGACGGAGGCCUACACCUGAGGCCCCCUACUUGUGGCCCAGCGUGGCAGCCCUGCGGUUCCUUUCCUGCCAUGCUGACCUUGUCGAGGUCCUGUGUGGGGAGCCAGUGGCAAGCAGGCCCACUCGGCAUGGGGACCCCACAUCACUCAGGUGUGGGGCUGGCGAUGCCAUGAGGCUGAGAGAAGGCGCCUUCUCGAUGGGUUCUGAGACCCCCUUGUCUUCCAGACCCCAAGGUGCUGCCAGGGGCCCGGCGUGUCCUGGGCUUCUCC